AUGGUAGAAGAUAUCCCAGAUUCUAUGAUAGAUGUCAAAGCAUUUCUUUUUGAUAUAUUUGAAACGACAGUAAGUUGGAGAACAACAUUAACUCAAGAAUUAUCGUCAUUCGCAACCUUGACAUCAACUCGAUGUUCAACUCAAACUUUGUUAAAUAAAAAUUGGCAUUCAUUCGCACAAAAAUGGAGAAAUGGAUAUAAAGCGUACAUUAAUUCCACGAAUUCAGGAAAGACACCGUUUUUGUCGGUUGAUUCAUUAAAUCGAAAACUUAUAGAACAAUUAAUUGCGGAAUUUGAUAUAGUUCAUUUAUGGUCGGAUGAUGAAAUAGAAAAUUUAGUUAAUAUUUGGCAUAAAUUAGAUCCUUAUAACGAUACCAUACCCGGUAUAACGAGACUUGGUAAAAGAUAUAUUAAUGCUGCCUUAAGUAAUGCCAACGUUAGAUUAUUAGUCGAUUUAAAACGGAAUGCAAAUUUAUCCUUCGAUUAUAUGUUUUCUGCGGAAUCUUGGAGAUGUUACAUACCUAACCCUAAAUUGUAUUUUGGUAGUUGUCAGAUGUUAGAUUUAGAUCCUGAACAAGUCGCCGUGGUUUCUUCUAAUAAAAACGAUCUAAAAAAAGUCAGAAAAUUAGGCUUGAAAACCAUUUUUGUACAACGUGAAGAAUACGAAGAUGAUGUUACGACGGAAAAUGGUGAAAUAAAUGAUCAAGAUGAAUUGGAAUAUACUAAUGAAUUUGGUGGUCAAGCCAAUCAUGAAUUUGAUUUGAUAAUUAAUGAUUUAGAAGAAUUAGCUAAAAUUAUGGGUUGUUAG